ACGCAGAAAUUGUAAUUUAAUAUGGCGGAAACAUCACAUUGACGAAGUUCAAUAGUGUGAUUUUGCGUGCGUAGAAUCGGAUAUAAUAUAUAUAUUGAUACAAUUCGGAGUUAAAAAAUAAGAAUAUAUAAUAUUACAAACAGUUGAAGUGAUAUAAUCGUAUAAUAACGGGCGAUAAAUUCCACGGCGGCUGGCAAAUCGUUAAUAUGGGCUCCAAUAAACGUCAUAAGACUGAGAAAUCCCGCGACGCCAAGAAGAAGCGUCAUCGCAGUCGUUCUAGAAGCUAUACACCCGAUCGCGAGAAAUCAGAGAAGCACAGACAUCACAAAAAACACAGGAGGAAAGAACGCAAGGAUUACGACAGCGAUGUUGAGAUUGUUAAUGCCCCACCACCACCGAAAAUAUCGAAAUUAUCGCAUCCUUCAACGCCUCCACCACCAGAAAUUUCUAAACAGCGCAGUCCAUCUCCUGCUAAAGGUGGAGCGUCGCAAGCUUCAUUAUCUAUUGAGGAAACUAAUAAACUUCGUGCAAAGUUAGGAUUGAAGCCAUUAGAGGUUGAUAAUACACCGAAAGAUGAUUCUAAUAAAAUCAAAGAUGAUUUGGGAGAGUUUUAUCAUAAACCUGCACCAAAUAAUAAUGAGAAAAUAAGAACACAGAAAUUAAGGGAAAAGAUAGGUACUCAAAAGGAGAAGAGACAGAUUGAAGCAAAUUUGUCAAAGGUGAAAAAUUUGGGUGAUCGUGAUUCUGAUGACGACACUCACACAUGGAUCAACAAAUCUAGACAAUUGGAGGAAGAGAAAAAGAAAGCAGACAAAAGGGCAAAGAUGUUAGAUCAAUUGGAUGAAGAAUUUGGAAUUGGUAAUUUAGUUAGGGAGGAAAUACAUAUUGCACGUAAUACAGCAUAUACAGAGAAGAAUUUGAAAGGCCUUAAAGUCGAACAUAAUGUUGAAACAUUUGAAGAGGGCAAAACUGUAAUUUUGACAUUGAAAGAUCAAGAGGUAUUAGAUGAAAAUGCCGAUACACUUGUAAAUGUUAAUAUGAUUGAUAAUGAACGCUAUAAGCGUAGUGUUUUAAAUAAACUUAAAAAACCUACAUAUGAUCCAUAUGCUGAUGAAAAUUUUGAUGAAUAUGGAUUUCCGAAAAAUAAAAUCUUGGAAAAGUAUGACGAGGAAAUCGAUGGCGAGAAAAAGGACAAUUUUGUGUUGGGUACUAAUAAUGCAGUAGAAUUGAAACGGCGUCAAACAGAGAUAGUGAAGCAACGCUUAGCAAAUAAAAAACUAGAAACGCUACAGAUGGCAGAACCGAAAUUAGCAAGCGAAUACUAUAACGAAGAAGAACUUACAAAGUUCAAGAAACCAAAGAAAAAGAUUCGGAAAAUUAGAGCAAAAAAGAAAUUUAAGGUUGAUGAUUUGGUACCUGUUGACAAUGACUAUCUUAGGGAUCUUGGAAGUAGAAGAAGGAAGAAACCAGAAGAUUUGAAGGAUAAUGAUGCUUUAGAUAUCGACGAUCUAGAAGCCCCUGCAGAAGAUCUUACUGGAAUAAAAAUGGAAGAAGAUGAUAAAGAAUUGGAGUUGCAAUUGGCUUUAAAGAAAGCACAACGCUUAAAGGAAGGACAUUCAGCUAGUAUCCAAAAAACUGUCGAAACAAUAAAGCAAGAAAUACUUAACUCAGAGGAGAAUCAGGUUGGAAAUAUUGUUCUUAAUUCUACUGCAGAAUUCUGUAGAACAUUGGGUGAUAUACCCACAUAUGGACUUGCUGGAAAUAGAGAAGAAAACGGACAAGAACUCAUGGACUUUGGAAUGGAUGGAAUUAAAGAUGAGCCACCAGUAAAUGAAGAUGAAGAUGAUGGUCGUGGCGCCUGGAACACAGUACAUUUAGAUGAAAAUACUUCGGAACCAGUUGUUAUGGAAGCAGCAAUUUUAGACGCCGAGCCAUCACUUGGACACGGAGUAGGUGGAGCUUUAAAGUUAGCUAUGAGUAAAGGUUAUUUACAGAAAGAAGAUAGCAAUCGGCCUUCGGCGUCACGAUUUGCGCAUCUACAAGCUCAGAAUUAUUCAAUAGAGGAUAAAACAUAUGGGGAUGACGACAAAUUCGGCAGAAGAGAUCGUUUUAACGGACCGACGUCUGAUUUUAAGGAGAAGGAUAGUUUCAAGCCAAAUGUGAAGCUUGAAUAUAUCGAUGAUGACGGUCAUGUUUUGAGUGCCAAGGAAGCUUUUCGAUAUCUGUCGCAUAAAUUUCAUGGAAAAGGCCCAGGAAAAAAUAAGGUGGAGAAAAGAAUGAAAAAAGCUGAACAAGAAGUUUUAAUGAAGCGAAUGUCUUCAACGGAUACGCCUUUAGGUACACUAAAUUUAUUGCAAGCAAAACAAAAGGAAACUCAAUCACCGUAUAUAGUACUCAGUGGCAAUAAACAGAUGCAAACGACUAGCAUAGCUAAAACAAAACAUUGAAGAAUAAAUGCAAACAAGAAUGAAAAUUGUAUAUAAUCUCUCACAUAUAUAUAUAGUAGUUUUUGGAAAUAAAAUUCAGUUCACAUAAUUUUAUAUAACAAGGAUUAUCAAUCAAGAAGGAAAGAAGGAAACUUUGUAUCUUUUUUAAUCAUUAAUUGUGGAUUAUAUUAUGUUUAUGAUAAUGAAACAAAUAUUCAGAUGAUUCAUUCACAGAUUCGAUCAGUUUUGAACUUGCACAACUUAUUUGGCUCUGUAAUGUUGAAAAAAAAUAACAAUGAAAAAGAAAGUGAUUUUAUAGACAUUACUUUACACAAUAAAGCAUAUUCACAAAUAUAUGAGUAAUAUAUUUUUCGAUCAAUACAUAUGUUUUACAGCAUAUGUCUACAAAAUAGUCAAGAAAGAAUUUAAAUGUGAAAAGAAAAAGGAAAAAGGAUAAUAGUUAACAAGUUAUCUCGCUCAAUGAGUUGCCAUGGAUGGAAAGUGAUCACUUUGUAUGCUGCUUGUUUAAUUAUUAUUAUUAUACAUUGUGUACUUCAUAAAACAAUCUCAUUUUUAUUAUAUAUUCGAUAUUAUUGUAAUCUGUCAUUGUAAUAAGUAAUAAGAUUAGCAAGUCAACAAAAAAAAUCUAAAAAUCUAUAUAUUAAAUAUUUCUUGGCUCACGUCAAUACUAAUACAAAAUAUAAUCUAUUCUAAUAACAUUUAUGAUAGCAGUAAACAAUGGAACAUAUAGAAUACCUUUAUUUUUGUCAUAUGAUAUGAAUAUACUUCUAUUACUUGGUCACAAAUUGAUACACUUAUCUACAGUUACAAAUAAUAAUCAUUAAUCUAUUAAUAGAA